CGACGACUCCCAGCGCGCUCGCCCUGACGCUGACGACGGGGUCCGCCCCCCCUCCCCGCUGCCUGCCUUGAUGUUCCCGGUGGCAGUCCUCCAUGCUCAGACCGAUGUCUUCAUAACGCGGUACAUAUACACCGUGUCCUUCGCGGUGCUGUACUACGACUACGCCCUCACGCUCGGGACCGAGAUCGCGCGGUACUGGGGACGGAGGCUGACAUGGCCCUCCGCGUUCUUCUUAGUGAACCGAUACCUGUCGUUGCUGGGGUUCGUGCCUAUCGUGUUCGAGUCGUACUGGGCUCCGUCUGAUCAGGACAAGUGCCAUGUCUGGCACAUUUAUCACCAGAUAUUCGCGGUCGUACUCCAGAUCAUCGUCGGCGUACUCCAAAUAAUGCGCACGUACGCGCUGUAUGGUCGGAGUCGCGCUGUCCUUAUAUUCUUGGUGACAUGGGCUGUGAUAGUGGUCAUCAUCGCCUUGUGGGCAAUUCUCGGCGAUCACAGCCCAACGAUUACGCUGACCGCGCCGGGUCUCAGCCUAGGAUGCAUGUACAUACUCACCCGAAACCAAGCUAUUCAUCUUACGAUCGCGUGGUCUGGCCAGCUCGCGUUCGACUGCAUCAUCUUCGCGCUCACCGCCGCGCGCUCGAUCCAGCACACCAAGCUGAAGGUCUUCCUUCCCGGCACGCGCCCGCGCGACUCGGACGCGCUCUUCACCGUGCUCAUCCGCGACGGCGCCGUCUACUUCGCCGUGCUCACGCUCUCCUCGCUCGCGAACAUCCUCUCCUUCGUCCUCCUCUCCCCCGCGCUUCGCGGCGUGCUCACGAUCCCGACCAACGUCCUCGCCGCCUCCCUUAUCUCGCGCCUCAUGAUCAACGUCCGCGACCCGCGCAUCGUCCGCUUCGCCACGCCCUCCCAGACGCGGCCCACGCUCCUCGGCGGGCACGGGCCACGACCCACGAACGAGCCCUACGUCAGCACCGUGCUCGAGAUCAGCCCGCCGUCGGCGUUGGGCGACCCGGACUACGGCUACGCCGAGUACGGGUACGGAUACGCGAACCCGUCCCAGGCGGAGCAGGAAGAGGUCGACGCGGACGGCUGGACGGACGAUAUCGAGUGGGCGACGUCGUCGAUGGCCACCUCUGGCCGCGGCUCGGGCACGAGCGUCAGCGCCGGCUCGCGGUGGACGUUCGGGCGCGGCGGGAGCAGCCGGUCCCACGCGAAAGGCGGGGACGCGAUGGAGAUGCAGAGUCGUCGUCCGCCGGCGGGGCCCGAUGCGUCAGCACAUGCGGGUAAGACGGAUACGUGAAGAAAAGAAAAGAAGAAAAAAAAGGAAACGGUUUCGCGAUCCGCGGAGGUUGCGGAGCGCGAAUCGCCUCUCCGCGACGCGCUUGAUUGCCAUCGUCGCUUCGCGUCGCCAUUCACGGCGCUCCUGUGGAAGCGUAGAGCGGCCGUACGCGUAAGGCGAGGCUGCUGGGAUCGGAAGAUGGGGAGGCCCUGCCACUUCGCUUUUGGAAGACGGUUUCGUGUCACGGCGUCGUUGUACCCCUUUCGGGCCGCCUUGGCACGACGAACUGCGACUAGUAUAAUGUACUGUAUAUGUACCAUCAUCUAGUAUGUAACGGAGCCCCGAACUCCGCGACCUGAUCGCAAUAGUAUUCGCGCGUCCACCGAUGUAUAUAUGUCAUCGAGUUCAUUAGUACCCG